AUGCCUCCACAAAUCAAGCAAGACCUCAAUCGCUCCGGAUGGGAGUCCACCGACUUCCCCUCGGUCUGCGAGACAUGCCUUCCCGAUAACCCAUACGUCAAGAUGCUGAAGGAAGACUACGGCUCCGAAUGCAAGCUCUGCACCAGGCCCUUCACCGUCUUUUCGUGGUCCGCUGAUCGCGCCCACGGCCGGAAAAAGCGCACCAACAUCUGUCUCACAUGCGCGCGCCUCAAGAACUGCUGCCAGACCUGCAUGUUGGAUCUCAGCUUUGGACUUCCUGUCGCCGUCAGAGAUGCUGCACUCAAGAUGGUCGCGCCCGGCCCCGGGAGCGAGGUCAACCGAGAGUACUUUGCGCAAAACAUGGAGAAAGAGAUCGAGGAAGGACGUGGAGGAACCGAGGAGUACGAGAAGACCGACGAGAAGGCACGCGAGCUGCUGCGGAGACUAGCGACGAGCAAGCCAUAUUUCCGGAAAGGCCGAGCGAUCGAGGAUGGCAGCGCAUCGUCCAGUGGCAAUCCCGCCGUGGGCGCUGGCGUCGGCGGCCCCGGUCCUAUUCGCACAAGAGAUUCGAAGGCAGCCAACGCCUCAGGCGCGGGCCCAAGAUCAGGGAACAGACGACCCUUCCCCGCCGCCUCACAAUUGCCGCCUGGCCCUCAGGACUGGUUACCACCCGCGGACAAGAACAUCAUGUCGCUGUUCGUAACAGGAGUGGAGGACGAUCUGCCCGAGUUCAAGAUUCGCGACUUUUUCAAGGAGCACGGAAAGAUCAAGAGCUUGAUCUGCAGCCACAUGUCGCAUUGCGCCUUCAUCAACUACGAGACAAGGGCAGGCGCUGAGAAGGCAGCGGAGACAUGCCAAGGCCGCGCAGUGAUAGCCGGAUGUCCCCUGAGGGUCAGAUGGAGUGUGCCCAAGGCAGUAGGCACCAUGACGAAGGAGCAGCGCGGCGAGAUGGCGAGGGACGGAAGAAGUGCUUUCGGAGAUACCAGGAAACAGAAGGCUAUCGAAGGGCGGCCAGGUCAGAAGGCUCUGACUCAGGGCGACGGUCAGCCGCAGGGACAGGAUGGUGCACAAAUGAACGUGAUUGCGGCACCCCCCGGUGCCAGCGACGUCAACUAUGCCAGUUUGGCAGGGGAAUAA